AUGUCGUCCAACGAGCAGAACCUGUCCCAUGAGGAAAUAUGGGACGACAGUGCAUUGGUAAACUCUUGGAAUGACGCUCUCCAGGAGUAUAAGGCAGAUCGUUGCAGGGCCGAAGAGACUUCGGAUGCCAAGAAGGAGGAUUUUGAGAUGCCCCUUGCCAAGGAGGACGAAUUAGAGGAGCAAACGAAUGACCAUCGGCAGGAUGUGCACGUAGAUGCUCAACAAAGCCGCCCGCCAGCUGCGGGAUCCGCUUUUAUCCCGGCACCCUUACUCGGUUCAGUCCGUGAUGAGGGCCUGAAAAAGCUCUUGAUGUCGUGGUACUAUGCAGGAUACUAUACCGGGUAUUAUGAGGGCCAGCAAGCUCAGUCGCAAUAA